AUGUGGUGCACAGUAGAUACGAGCCUGCACGUCGGAGGUCCGGGGAUAAGGGGGCUCAGACGGGGUGGCAUUGGUCCGUCUGAAGCCCGUCAGCGGAGGUUCUGCUUGAAAAAAACAGGCACUGGAUUAAAGAUAUCCCUGGGCGCCAAGGUGAGACAGGGUGGCCCGGCUGCUAUAAAUCUCGUAAGGAUGCCCCCACAAACCCCAACGUCAGCGUCCGCGGGACUGCCUACAGCGGAAGAUAGCACCCGCAAUACAGAAGGCCACAGCGGCGCAGCGGGCCUCGGCACAGGCAGCAACAGCAGCAGAAGCAAAGAGCAAAGUGCUGAGGAAAGAGCGCAAGCACCAACGGCUACCACGGACGAAAAAAACAAGGACCACAACCGCCAACCCCGACAGCAGGCCUCGCCCGCGGCCGGCGCCUGGACACUGCCCAAGCCGCCCAUCAAGCAAAAGAUGGCCUCGGGCAUCAGGUCGCUGCUGAGCAGCGCCAAGAAGCUGGCCCUGGGCGACAGCAGUGGCAACGGCAGCGGCAGCGGCCCCGCGGCGACGGCGGACCGGCUCUUCGCCAAGACGGAGCCGGGCGUCGACGGGGAGGCGUGCAGCCACGACUGCGACAGCUGCACGGUCAAGUUCCCGCGCGGGUUCAAGAUCGACGAGUCGGACGUGCUGUACGGGCAGGUCAAGGGCUGGGCCACGCACGUGCUGGUGGCGACGGGAAAGUCGGACUGGGUGCGCGACGUGGCCGACGAGAAGGGGAGCGUCAUGGAGGCCGUCGACGCCGCCGCCGACAGGCCCGCCAACGGCCGCCUCAUGCUGUCGGCCUGCGACAUGCCCGUCUCUGGCAGCGGUCACGGUGGUGCCGACUAUUCGGUUCCUACCACGGCCCUGGUGCUGCCCGCCUUUCGGCUCGUCGACGGCGUCACGCCCGCCACGGCGCAGUCGCUGCUGUCCGACUUUGUCGCCGUCGGGCCCACCAACGACUCGCCCAUGGCGGUGCCGCCACCGCCGCCGCCGCCGCCGUUGCUGGCCACUAACGGAGAGGAACGGAAAGACGGCGCCGCGGCGGCCCAGAAGGACCAACAACAACAACCGCAACAGCAGCAGCAACAGGCCGCCCUCCUCCCACGCUCCGUGCCCUCGGGCCUGACCAGCCGGCCGUGCCCGCACUCGGUGCUGGUGCUCCUGUGCUCGCAGCGCACGCGCGACGCGCGCUGCGGCCAGAGCGCGCCGCUGCUGCGCCGAGAGCUCGAGCGCCACCUGCGGCCGCUGGGCCUGCACCGGGACCCGGACGACGAGCGGCCCGGCGGCGUCGGCGUCUACUUCGUCUCGCACGUCGGCGGCCACAAGUACAGCGCAAACGUGCUCGUCUACCGCCGCCCGGACCCGUUCGGGCUCGAUUCCGUGUCGAGGGCCGAGGUUUCCGACGACGAGGUUAGGGAUGGGCUGCUGGCGCGCUCGUCGUCGGCGGCGGCGGCGGCUGGUAAAAAGGAGGCCGAGGACGUGGGGGCCGCGCAGUGCAUAUGGCUGGCGAGGAUCGCGCCGCCCGACGUCGAGAACCUGGUGCGGUAUACGAUUUUGCAGGGCAAGGUGGUCAAGCCAGAGACGCAGCUCAGGGGAGGCUUUGACAGGCAGAAGGGGCUGCUGAGUUGGUAG